AGAAGUUAGGAUUCCUAUUGUUUGGAUGAAGUGGAUAAAGUAGUAAAAGGUGGAUAUCUUCCACCACAAUAUUCUCUUAUCUUUUAUUUACUAUUAAAAUUUUGUAUAUAUAUAUAUAUCUUUGAUUCUUUGAGGUAUUUGCUCAUUACCUACCCUUGCUGACAACCCAACAUCCAAUCUUCUUAUUAUCCAAUAGCCCAGAAGUGAGAACCCCAGAAUGGAAAAUUUCAUUAAAUUUGGAGAUCUUGACAAUGCAGAUGAUUCUGUUAGGUGUGAUGUGAAUGGGGUUUUUUUCCAAGUGGGGGGUUUUUGGGAUUCUCCUGUAUAAAGCCUAGGGCUUGAGUUUAGUCUUUUUCCUUUUGCAGCGGCCUGUGAACCAGCCGGUUCACUUCACAAUCAGGCAUCUAGGUAUUGGCAAAAAUGGCGUCUGAUCUUAACAAAACUUUAUCAAAGACUUACAUUGGUCUGCAGUUGUGGGUGAUAAUUGUGAUAGGCUUGGGAGUGGUUUUUGCAGUUGUUCUUGGGAUAUCUCUAUGGCUUAGUUGUCGGAAGAAAUCCAGAAGGCCUAAUGAAAUGCUUCCAGUGAGCCAAGCGCCCAAUAUUUCAGAGGAAAUUAAAGAAAUAAGGGUUGAUCAGGCUUCAGCAAACGAUGCCCUGGUGGAGACCCUUAGUGACAAGUUCAAUGAAAGGGAGUCAGAGAAGGUUCUGAUCAAUGUUGAGCAUGGUGAUGAUAGUGAGUCUGGGUCGUUUAAUCAUAUUGAGAAAGAUGUCAAAGUGUCCCAAUCAGGAGAUGAGGGGGGCACUGGUACAGUUACCACUUACAAGCCUUCUUCACAUCCCCUCAAUGCUCCUUCCCCUCUGUGUGGCCUACCUGAAUUUUCUCAGUUAGGCUGGGGUCAUUGGUUCACCUUAAGAGACCUACAGCUAGCAACUAACCGGUUUUCAAAGGAUAAUAUUAUUGGUGAUGGUGGGUAUGGAGUUGUUUACAGAGGCAAUCUAAAUAAUGGAACUCCUGUAGCUGUCAAGAAACUUCUCAACAAUCCUGGUCAAGCUGAUAAGGAUUUCAGAGUGGAAGUUGAGGCUAUUGGGCAUGUCCGGCAUAAAAACUUAGUUCGACUUCUUGGAUACUGCAUUGAGGGAACAGAGAGGUUAUUGGUGUAUGAGUAUGUCAAUAACGGCAACUUAGAACAGUGGCUGCGUGGAGAGAUGAGUCAUAAAGGAUAUCUUACUUGGGAGGCUCGCACUAAGAUUCUCCUUGGCACCGCAAAAGCGCUGGCUUAUUUGCAUGAGGCAAUUGAACCCAAAGUUGUUCAUAGGGACAUUAAAUCGAGUAACAUAUUGAUUGAUGACAAUUUUGAUGCUAAGAUAUCUGAUUUUGGUCUGGCCAAAUUGCUAGGUGAUGGGAAAAGUUACAUCACAACUAGAGUCAUGGGUACAUUUGGUUAUGUGGCUCCAGAAUAUGCCAAUUCUGGCCUUCUGAAUGAGAAGAGUGAUGUUUACAGCUUUGGGGUUCUGCUCUUAGAAGCAAUUACUGGAAGAUAUCCAGUAGAUUAUGGCCGCCCUCAGGCUGAGGCAAAUAUGGUGGAGUGGCUAAAGACAAUGGUUCAACAAAGACGAUCAGAGGAGGUUGUAGACCCAAAUAUUGAGGCUAAACCCCCAACAACUGCCCUUAAACGGGCUCUUCUGACUGCUUUGAGAUGUGUUGAUCCAGAUGCUGAAAAAAGGCCAAAGAUGAGUCAGGUGGUUCGCAUGCUCGAAUCAGAGGAAUAUCCUCUUUCUCGAGAGGAUCGAAGACGCCGGAGGAAUCAGAACACAGAGGCCGAGCCACAAAUGGAUAACGCUGAUGCUCAACAGAGUAAUGAUCCUGAUUCAAAGUUGGACAGCAUGAAGAACCAACCCAAAUAGACUGUGGUCAGAUCAUACAUAGAAGCUAAAAGAGUACAGUGGUAAUUAUUACACUCUCUUCGUCCCUCAACAUCUUGGAGCUCCUCCAUAGAUUGGAUUGAAUGCAUGAAGAGUAUAUAGGAUUAAGAGAUUUUCUUCCCCUUUUUUUUCACUUUAUGUACUUCUAGAUUGUAGAGAAGAUUAGUUUGUGUCUGAAACCAGCUUUGCCACGAGACACCAUUGCCACCAGUUGUCUGUACAGCUAUGGGUUUCUCCCAUUUUUCUUUGCUUUUGGUUUAGGUUUGCUGUGUUUUUCAAUAGGAGUCCCUUUGUGAAUCCCUUUUACUUGCUGAGAAGAACGAAAAUGAAAGGCAAAACAUGAAAAAAAUUUGAUUUGAGUGUCAGUAAAGAUAAAAACUCUGCUUCUUUCAACAAAUUCUGAAACCAAGGCAAGUUUUGUGCAGUUUGAAAUGCACAACUUAAAUCAUUAAAUGGAGACAGAUCUCUUGAUAUUGGGGGCUCUUAAAUCAUUAGAUGGGGCUCUCCUUGUAUUUAAUGAUUCUUAUUUUGUAGUUUAAUGUUAUGUUGACUUGCACUUGCCGGCUAGUAAUCAUCUUACCUAUGACAAGAACAUGUCUGGAAUGAAUGAAAAGGCUAAAGAGUAACUUAAGAGGCAGGCAAAGUGAUCUGCUUCUAGUCUGUUAUGGCUAUAUGAAGUUAGGAACCGUCCCUUCACUUUUAUUCUUAUGUGAUGGUACUGAGGACAUUAAAAUAUUAUAAGUUCU